AUGAGAGAAGAAGAAUGGCGCGAGCUGCCAUGGAGCAUGUCAGCUAUGUGAGCCCCCACCAUCUCUUCCGAUAUGCGCAGCAAUCGAUCUUCUCACUGAUCAUCGAUCAGUUACCAUACGAUCGCACAGCACCAGCGGAAGCACAAAUGUUUCUCCGGUCAUGUCUACGUCUACAGUAGCAGCUUUCAGGCGCAGACUGCAGCAAGCAAGCAUGACGAUCGACCAAAUACAGGGGAAAGCAAGGUUUUUCUUUGGGGGUGUGGCUCUGGAAGAGACGCCGCGGCACAAUGAGAAAUGCAUCCAGCACUUUCGUAACCCGCCAGCUCUCUUUUUGGGUUUCGCAUCGGAUCAAAGCCCGCGAGCUGUGAGCUGCACCGCUGUUUCGCUAGGAGUAAGUAGCACGACUCCUCAUGCAUCACAUCACGCCUUUGAGCGAGAGCGAACAGCUCACAGAUGCUCGAGCUUUGCACAGGCAUCACUCGUCAAGGCGGACCUGUGA